UUGUAAUUUACACUAAGAAAUAGGUCGCCAUUGGAAAGAAAACCAAAACUGCAAAACCUAUUACAAGUCUGCAAAAUUUAUCUUCCAUACCAGAAGCAACGCAAUCCAUUUCAUUUAAAAUUUGUAUUCGAAAAGAAUCGUAAACAAGUUCAAAUGAGAGGAAAUCCAAUGAUAGCAAGACGUAUUCCAAAUCCAAUUUCAAAUCUCUCUUCCAAACAACCCUUUUUUCUGUCCUCUUCUUCCUUCUCGACUUCCUCUAGUGGAGGGGGAGGAGGCGGCCGAGGCCGUGGCUCCAAUCCCAAUCUGUUCGAUUUCACCGGAAAAGCACCAGCGAAGCCUGAAUCCUCUGAUGUAGCAAAGCCUCACUACCCUCCACCACCACCACCACCACCACCACGGAAUGGAGUUGGCCACGGCCGUGGUGGUGGUAAUCCAAUUCUCCCUGCAUUUUCCUCAUUCGUUUCUUCAAUAGGACGUGGGCGAGCCAUUACUGAUCCUGAACCAGGACCCAGCCGACAACCCACUGAAUCACAGAGCGACUCGGUUCUUCCAUCCACUAUUCAUUCCUCACUAUCAGGUUUUGGCCGUGGAGAACCCGAUAAGCCGGUUGUGCCUACUCCCCAAGUAAAGGAGGAGAACCGGCAUAUUCGAGACCGGUCCCGGGCAAAGCCUAAGACAGAAGAAGCUGAGGUGCGGGCUAAGCCGAAAAUUAGCCGAGAGGAGGCGGUUAAAAGGGCAGUGUCUAUACUGUCGCAGGGCGACACGGGGGAAGGAAUGGGGCGUGGGAGAGGGGGAGGAAGAGGGAGAGGUAGAGGGAGAGGGAGAGGAAGGUUGGAGCAAAGAGGAAGGAUGAUGGAUGAUGUAGAUGAAGGUUUUGGAAGUGGGCUGUUUUUAGGGGAUAAUGCUGAUGGGGAGAAGCUGGCUGGAAAGAUUGGCGUUGAGAAUAUGAAUAAGUUGGUUGAAGGUUAUGAAGAGAUGAGUGGUAGAGUGUUGCCUUCUCCUAUGGAGGAUGCUUAUUUGGAUGCCUUGCAUACCAAUUAUAUGAUUGAGUUUGAACCCGAGUACUUAAUGGGAGAAUUUGAUCAAAAUCCAGAUAUUGAUGAGAAGCCUCCUAUGCCUCUGAGGGAUGUGCUCGAGAAGGUGAAGCCAUUUAUAAUGGCAUAUGAAGGAAUUCAAAGUCAAGAAGAGUGGGAGGCGGCUGUUGAAGAAACAAUGAAAAAUGUUCCACUAUUCAAAGAAAUUGUUGAUUACUACAGUGGGCCCGAUAGGAUUACUGCAAAAAAACAAGAAGAAGAACUAGAAAGAGUUGCAAAUACUAUUCCUGCGAGUGCACCUGCUUCUGUAAAGAGGUUUGCAGAUCGUGCUGUUCUUUCUCUUCAGAGCAAUCCGGGCUGGGGAUUUGAUAAGAAAUGCCAAUUUAUGGAUAAGCUUGUGAGGGAGGUUAAUCAAUGCUACAACUAAAAGCUCACUAAUUUUAUCUCGAUGAUAAUUUUUGCAGCAUUUUGAGGUUUAAGGACUGGAACUGAAGGAUAGAAGAAAAUUUGUAGUAUUUUCUUAAACAAUUUCAUAUUAGUUCUAUUGUUGAGAAUUUGGUGCUGUAGGCCUGUGUAAUAAUGAAGCAAAAGUUUCACUUAUAAACUUGUGUUAGACAUUAGUAGUAUUUUGUUCUUUAAAUUGCAGUGCCUUUUCUUGAUAUUGAACUAAACUCAAUUCUAUUUAUUAUUUACUUAUAAAAUAGAUAUUUCUUUUA